GGGAUCAUUGCUUCUUAAAGACAACAACUUUAAGGUAUGCCAAGGAAUUCUGCAGGCUAUGACCGCUGCAGUGCCGUUGAUUGGCGAUCAUGUCAAGAUUAUGGGCAAUGUCGUCAUUCCCGGAGCGGUGGAGCGAUUGGGCGAUACAAAGCAACCAGUAAGGGAGGCAGCCAGGAAGAUGCUUCUAGCUCUUAUCGAGAUGAGGAAGAAGAGAAGACGGAGAAAAGGGAGGAGAGGAAGAAGAAAGGGAAAGAAGAAGAAGAGGGAGAAGGAGGGGAUGAAGGAGGAGAAGAAGACGAAGAAGAGGAUGACGAAGAGGAAGAAGAAGAAGAGGAAGAAGAAGAAGAGGAAGGGGAGGAAGAAGAAGAAGGAGAAGAGAAAGAGGAGGAAGAAGAAGAAGGAGAAGAGAAAGAGGAGGAAGAAGAAGAAGGAGAAGAAGAGAAAGAGGAGGAAGAAGAAGAAGAGGAAGGAGAAGGAGAAGAAGAGAAAGAAGAGGAAGAAGAAGAAGAAGAAGAAGAAGAAGAAGAAGAAGAAGAAGAAGAAGAAGAAGAAGAAAAGAAGAAGAAGAAGAAGAAGACUAAGAAGAAGAAGAAGAAGGAAGAAGAAGAAGAAGAAGAAGAAGAAGAAGAUGAAGAAGAGGAAGAAGUGGAAGAAGAAGGAGAGGAAGAAGAAGGGGAAGAAGAAGAUAAGGAAGAUUCCUUCUUCCCCUCUUGCACUAACCUUGUUAGUGUAUACUUUUCUCGGUAUGGACGUGCUGAAGACGGAGCUGGAGCAAUGGCACCACAGGGUACUUCUCCAGUCGCCAUAUUUGAGCGAAUUGGCAAUUUGCCGUGGAGCCACAAGAAUUCUCGAAUCAAGGAAGAGCUUGCUAGGAUUGCUGCAAUAUCAAUAGAUUUAUUUGGGGCUACAGAACCGUCCUUCUGGAAGCUUCUACUCACCAAUAUUGUGAAGCUCUUGGAGGAUUCACAUAUUGCCACAAGGGAGGCGGCAAUGACUUGUCUGGAGGAAAUGUAUCGACAUGGCAUCAACUUCGAGGAAGACCUUUUCCAAAAUUACCAGAUACGACCAGCUCAGUGGAGGAGUGCCAAGGCACUCAAGGGUACCAUGGACGAUUUGGUAGCCGUCCCGGACCAUGGGGUCACUGAGCCCCAGCUGGUUCAGUUGUUUUAUCGUGCCAUUCCAGAGGCCCUACGUGGGCAUUUCUUUGACAAGUCUCAGCAGGCCAGCAUCACAUACGAUCAAUUGAGUCGCGAAGUCGUCCUGUAUGAGUCGAAGUCUAUGCCAGUUACCACUUUCUGGCAUAAGGACUUAGAGAAGGGGAAGAAGUGGAAGAAUCGUACCAUCUCAGGCCAAGUAAAGGCCAAGGAUCACAUGAUCCUGACAUUAGAAGAAGGUGGUACCGAUGAGGUUCCAUAUGACCAGAUUGAGUGGGGCCUUGAAGAUGAUGGCAGUAGUGUGGGGCAGGGGAGGUCUUACGCUGCUGUCGUGGCUGGAGGGAGGCCGCGAGGAGGAGGAGGAGGCCAGGGCCAAAGGGGCCAGGCCAUGGGAGGCCGAGGACCGGGCGCACAGGGGGUKGGCGGACAGGGAAACCGCCAAGCGGGAGGUAGGGGUCAAGGUCCCCCGUCAAAUCGCCAGGGUAAUCGGUCCCCACAACGAAGAGGUGGAAGGGCACCUCAAGGAGGUUGGCACCCAGGCUUGCCAUAGGGCAGGCCCUGGGAAGACUUGGGCUUGGACUGACAAUUAUGGCAGGAACGCGUGAACAUGGGUCAG